AGGGUUGAUGUGCUAUGGUAAAAGUAAAACAUAAGGGCGAGCUUGAAACAAUCUCAGGAACUCUUAGCCACUUGUUGAUUACUCAGAAAAUAGCUAUUCUAAUAAGUAGUUUAUGGAAAAUAAAGAUAAAUACUACAAACGGUAAGUUGAUUUUACAUAAUUAAUUUAUUGAUAUUUUCGAGAGGUUGUUCUGUUUGUAAAUAGAAAAAACGUCUUAUAUAUUCUUCUCUAUUGGUAUUGAUUAUCCCUCUUCUCAAACUCUUAUAAGGAUAUAAACAUUUCCUUAGAAGUCUCUCCUGAUUGAGCUUAGGAUUAAAGAUUUAGAGUUACAACUUUGAGAGUUUGAGUUAAGUAUUAAGAUUAAAAGCCUAAUGUUAGAAUUUAAAGAUAUGGUUGGUUUAUAUAUCAUUGACAAGCUAUGUAAAAAGAACUGAAUUUUUCAUGCACUCAACCGUCAUACUUACUCCUCGAUAGCACAAAGUCAUUUUUAAUUAUCAUUUCAAAUGCUCUGAUGAGUGUACAAAUGUGCUUCUACAGAUAAUUUUUAAAGUGAUAUUCAACGCAGAAACCUAAAAGUUGUUUUUUUUUCUAUUCCAAUUAAUUAAUCCCUUUACUUUGGAAGUGAUAUAUUUUUUUCUUAGUGUUAUUAUAUUUCAAAUUUAUUCCAAUUUCACUUUGAUUGUUUCUUGCGUAAAAAUACGUGAAAAAGUUAAUGUUAUUAAACUGUAAGAAAUUUAUUACUCUAAUAUGUAUGUAUCACAUCACUUAUGGUAAAUUUAAUCUCAUUUUACCAUCUUAAUUUAUCUCAAUGGAAGCUAAUUGUUUAAGAGUGGUUUGUGAUGCUUAGUGAAUUGUUUCAUCAAACUUACUAGAAGAAAAGGUUUACUCACAGCAAAGUUGAAUGAACAUUUCAUGCGAAUAGUUUCUAUGUCUCUUCUAUAUUUAGAUAAAAAGGUAAAUUUAAUUGUAUUUCUCGCUGCACGAAUUUGUUAUGAGGCACAUUUUGUGAGAGACUUACGGAUUGAAAAUACUCAUCCACAGAAACUUAUGUAGAGAUGUAUUAAGCCGAAAUCUCACAAAAGUGUAUUGGCCUCUCUGCUAUGUAAGACACUGUAUGAACGUUAAAUUCAUAAGUAAACUAACUACACACAUUUUAAAGAAAAUUUCAAACCUAUUUAGAAAGACUUUCUGUGAUAAGUGUUAAGAUUUAUGUUGUGAGGCCGAGAUGUGUUCACCGUAACCUGAAACACAAGUUCUAAAUUUGACAACCUUGAUUGUGCUUAUUAGUUUAUUUGUUUCUAGUAUCCAAAUAUUAAAGCCAUCCAUAAUAUACGAAAGGUCAAGGAUGGUUUAAAAGAGACAGCAAUGUAUACCAUAAGUUCUAAGAAUUGAACACAUCGACAACAUUGGUCACUCAUUUACGGUGGACCUAUAACUGUAGUUUACAAAGUGAAAAGGUACCUGCAUUACGUAUAUCGAUAAAACUAUUGUCAUAUAAAUAUACAAUCUCAGAUUGUAUACCAAAAGGAAUUCUACUGAUUUCUUCUCCUGACAUCUACAUCUCACUAGACAUACUAAUCCCAACACAUUUCAUUGUCAUAUUUAUUUAAUAAUGUUACAUUAUUUGUUUCUAAAUACCUGUUUUUACUUUGGUUUAUUUUCUAUGACAUAUGUGAUUGAUCAUAAGUAGUUUUUGGUUAUUCAGUAUCGGAACAGUUCAUAGUACCUUUAUUCCCAUAUUAUUCAUUGUGUUUCAGUUAACUAUUCUGAUAAGGUGCAGAUAUGCACUGCUUCAAUAAGGUAAUUCUUUUCGACUCAACUGAACAUCAAUAUUAUUAAUAAGAGUAAUAGUGUUGUUAUUGUUAGUGAUAAAUAUAGUAUAAACAUUCUAAACUUUUAAUUAAUUGAGAUUUUCAUAUUAACUUGAGUGUUUUUACUUCAUAACAUACAAACUAAAUUAAUGCUUAUAAAUAUAUCUAUAACAAUUCCCUUCCUGUUUAUCUAUGACUGCAUUGAUACGUUGUAUAGCCUUAUUCUUGUUAUUCACUAAAAUUGAUAGUGCGUUUUUUGCAUGCACAUUUUCUAUUUUUUGCAAGAAAUAAUUUAUUUGUAAUACACAAUGAAGAAUCACUACAUGUUUCAGUUUAAGGAAAUGUUUGAAUUCAUGUAUUUGAAUUAAGCAAACAGUCACAAGUGUAGAACGAAACAAAUUCUGUUUUCAUUGGACUUAUUUUCAAUGCAUUUGUGAUAAAGGUAUUUGCUAAUAGUUAAAUGUGUUAUAUUUAAAAUAGAUUCUGACUUAAAAAAUUAUUAUUGCAAUCUCUGAAAUAACAAAAUAAAAUCGUUCUGUUUACGUCAGAAUAUGUAUACUGAUUUUUAAAUGCUUGUUUAUAGUUUACUUUAUAAAUGGUUUUUCCACUUUGUAACGAUGCAUUCUAAACUUCUUAUAUCUGUAUAAUAAUUUUUUAAGUCCUUAACUUUCAUUGUACAGAUUUUCUGUCUUUUCUAUUCAGAUGAGUUGGGUGAUUUGUUGGAACGAAUUAAAAGUGAAGUAAGUGAUAUAGUCUAUUAUGUUUUAAUUUCUUGAACUUCCACGUUAUAUUUCGAGUUCCAUGGUGAAUGUCAACACCAGUGUGGAAACACAUCCAGCUGAAGAGUUCUAAAUAACAUAAAUCACUCGUCCUGAUUCCCUAGAAGUCGUACACUAAUCUACAGAUAUUUAAUAUAAAUGUCAAUUAUUAUUAAUUAUUCCUAUAAUUGUCAUUUUUUAUUGCAUGAAAAUGGAUUUUUUAAAAUCUCAUCCAUCUUAAUAUUUAUGGUAAUAUUCGUAAAAUCUAUGAAAUGUUGUCUAUAUGCUUUAUAACUAACUUCCAUUGCUUAUGACAUACAUAUAAAUAUGAAGAGAUUUUUCAGGUUCGUGUAAUACUGAAUGGAUUUAUUGAGUAAACAUAUCUGUACAUAAACUUUAGAAUGACUAGUCUCGUAAAUUGUACGUGUAUUUUACUCUAAUCAGUUUUUCUAUCUGUGUAAUUUUAUACAGUGUAUCAUUGAUUAUUCAAUAAAUCCAGUGUUAUCAUAUCUUGCUAUAUCUUUCGUCGAACAAACAGCAUAUACCAUGUUAAAACGAAUAUACAUGUUAAUGAAAUGUCCCAAUUUACAAUACUUUAAAGUUUUGGUUAUCAGCCAGUAUAUACAAAAUUACGUCAAUGUCCCGCACGUAUAAUGUCUUAGUAACUAAUACUGUUUCAUCUAUUUCAACACCGUACUUCUGUUAUUGUUCAAAUACACUACUCUAAGGAUAACAUAUUUGUAAGCCAUCACUUUCAGUUUUGUAACACUUGCCUGAUUUGUUACGAUUUUUUAAUCAUUACUACUUUUCAUCACAUUUUUUGGUCACCGUUUUCAUUGAAGUACAUUCUGAAAUGGAUCCAAGAAGUCCAUCGUCUUCAUCCCGAAGCAAUCUAUGCAGUAUUACUUCCUCAUCCUUUAAAUUAUGCUCGGGUUGGAAGCUGCUGGGAUUCAAUCAGUGAUCAUUUGUCAAGAGUUAAACAUGGUCUCAGCCGUAUUGGUAGUUUAAUACCAUAUGAUAUUAUUACGUUUGAGACUUGGGAUUUUGUAAUGCCAUACUGGUUAGAAUCAAUUCGAACUGAAGUUUCAAGAGCUGAUUAUCCAGAAUUAGAAAUUCUUCUCAAAAAAAUUUUUGAUGCGACUGCUGGACCAUUUCCAUUUUUACCACAAAAAGUUUAUCAUUUCGCCAGUGAACGUUUUAUCAAUACUCCAGUUAGCGUGCAAGAUCAAGCUUUAAGUUGGUUAGAGAUUUUAACCAUUGUUGAGGUUCCGAUCCCUAUGAAGGAACUACUUACAAUGUUUGCAGCUGGUGUAGCAUCAUUGUUUUUAGAAUUGUUGUUACCGACAAGUGAAGAGUCAGAUAAUGACUACUUGACUGAUCAAGAUGAUUAUGAUGACUCAUUAGGUCAGAACACUGCUAGCGAAGCUGAUUGGCUAAAUGAAAAUGGAAUUUUGUCAGAAAAUGUUGUUCAUGAAGAUCGUUUACAGGAUGAAGAGAGUGAUAUUUUUCUAGAAGAUUCAAAAAUAGAUGAAGAUGACGAAAAUGUAGAUAGGAUCCCUGCACCGAUUGACAACCAGUUUUUAUCAGAUGAAAAUGAAUAUAUAGUGGAAGGUGAAGAAGAUGACGAUACUACAUUGGACGAAACAAAAAGUCUUUUAUCUUACAGUGUAGAUGAUAAAAACAAUUCUAAAUCAUUCACAUCCAACACUUCACGCAAAGCUAAUAAACAAUAUAGAACGAAACAAAUUACAAUGACUGAAUCUAAUAUUCAUCCAGAUAAUUCAUGCUCGGUAGCAAAUGAUUCUAAUUUAAAAUGUCAAAAUCUUUUAUUGUCUGAUGUUAAAACCGAUGAAAGCUUUCAAAAUAAAUCAAUAAAUCAACAAAGUAUUACGGACGAAAAUGAUGCACAACAACAAACUCAGGAAUCUGAAAAUAAGGAUACACGUGAAUUAACAACUGAUCAAGAGAUUAAAAAAAAUAAUCCUCAAAUUAAUCAAUACAGAAUCACUGCUUGUUUAACACAUAUGCUAGAUAUUGCGCAUCGACAGCUAAAAAUAUUGGAUCCAAUUGGACAUUCUGGUUAUACACAAGAAACACCGCAAUUAUUAAUAUGGCUUUUAGGUGAUAUGUUGGAAUUGUACUGGGGUAAUGUUACUGAGACAGUCGAUCAAACAACAAGUCCAGGUUUAAGAAAUCUACAUUGCCUUGGUUUGGAAACUUGUAUUCUACCAAAAUCUAAAAAUAAAUUAUCAGAAACGGAACCGCCGAUAUCAACAACUUCAUCCCGUAUGACCGAAAAUCAUGAUGAAAAUAACAUUAGUCAGAUUAAUCUAAACAAACAAACAGAUGAUGUUAGUGAAUGUAUUGACUGUUUAGAUAUGCUCACGUGGUUUAAUUAUGCUAGACUGAUAUGUCAACACUUAGCACCAAUAAGACCAACGCCUAAAGUUACAGUUGAUUUUACCGUUGAUGCAUUAAAAGCUGUGGUAGAUUUCCCAGAGUAUACUGACUGGAGGGAUUCUGGUGACAACGAAACGUCAGAAAUUAAAUCUUUAGCUCCUGGACCAGACAUUACUGAAACCUCUGAAAAACUCCCAUCUUCUGAAGAUUUAUGUUCCAUUCCUCCCGUACUGCGUCUAAUUUAUUUAUUGACACGAUUUGUGAAGGAAGGUACGCGUCGUUACGUUGAAUAUGAAGACUUAAAUAGUGAGUCGGAUGGUUUAUUUCGAGAUGCAACACCAGUGACAAUAACAGAUGAACAUCGGAAUACCUAUUCUUCAGUUUCGUCUGUAAACAAAACAGUUAUCGAUCUGAAAACGUUUCGCGAUCCUGUCGUAUUGCAAUGUAUUUUAGAAUGCCUAGCAUAUCUAUGUCAUACUGGUGAUGCACUGAGACAAAUUUUAACAAAAGCAGAAAAAGAAGAACAAAAACUGCUUACUAAUGGAUCCAGCGGUUCAGCAUCCAUAUCAACUAAUACAGUAACAGCUGGAGGAAUAACCGCCAGCAGUGUAGCAAAUAUUGUGAGUACCACAACAACAGGACCAAUUGGUAUUAGCAGUCUAAUAGGAUUAACUGGAAGUAAACUAACAAGUCAAAUGACUAGUCAUGAUCCAUCAACUAAAGGGCAGCUAUUACAAAGUACAAAGACUUUAACAUCGCGAAAUUGUACUGCGACACCAAAAGCACAGAAAAAUUUUGUUUAUUAUUUAAUACAUUCUCAUUUAAUCCCAAGUUUCUGGAGUUUACUGAAAUCGGAAUUAUCAUAUUUAGCAAGUUGGACAGUUCCUUUAGUUCUUCACUGUUUGUCGUUUCCUGGUGGAUUUAAUGUAUUCUGGAAAUUAAUUGAACAUGAUUUUUCACAUUGUGAUUGGAGAAUUCGUUUUGGUGCAAUAGAAAAAGUAUCAGUUUUACUUAGAGAAUUAGAUUAUUGUAUAUUAGCCAGUGGUUUCAGUGGUUCAGCUGGAAAUAAACUUAAUCAUUUAUUAUCUGGCGGAAGUAUGGCAAGUUCAGGCGCAAUAAAUCUUUUCAGUCGAUUAACUGGUAUUACACAUAUGGGACGUACAAAAUUUAAUCCAAAUCGUAAAAAUCUACCUAGUGGUCAUGGAAUGAAACAACAUGGUGGAACAAAUACGGAACCGAUCAAUAAAGUGGCUGCUCAAUCAAAUAAUAAUCGUCAUCCAUUAAUUCAAAGUGCCAUAGCUCAUGCAUUUUGUUGUUUAAUUGGUUCAUUAGAUGAUCCUAAUUCAACGGUGGCACAAUAUACUUCACUGCAAAUUGCAUCAUUAAAUAAUAUUUCUUUAGCUUGUGCAAUACAAUGUUUAGAAUUUCAAUUCGAUACUGUAAUUUCUGACCGCUGUCUUAUUUUACAACGCAUGCACCAACUCAGUUGCAGUCUACCGAACAGAGAAAUAUUUACAUGGGACUUUUUUGUUAAUCGCUUUGGUAUAUUAGCUAUACAGGCUCAAUUAGGCAAUUCACCUGGUCAAGUUGAUAUCGAUUCAGUGACAGAUUUAAAUGGAUCACAUCGUACUGGUGAACAUUUUCAAAAUCAAUUUGAACGCGCAGCUUUUGCAGUUCAUAAAAGUUCUGGAAUUAAAUCAAUCAGUUUAAAUUCUCAUGCAUAUUCAUUAAGAUUCAGUACGCAUACAGUUGGAAGUUUUACUCAAACACAACAAUCUCAAUUACAUAUAAAUCAACAAUCAUUGAUUUUUAAUUCAGGUUCAACUACACAAAUAGGAGAAGAAUGUAAAAAUGAGAAUGAUGGAAAAAGGAAACCUUCAAUUCAGAUUGAAUCAGAUUCUGGUAUGAUAGAUGGCGUACAAAGACCACAUUUUAGAUUUAGUCAUGGUGGUAGAAGAUCUCGUCCAUCAAUAUCAUCUGUUUGUGGUUUAUUAACAGGUGGUCUACAUGCUAGUGAAUUUGUUGAUAGUAAUAACAAAUUUUUAAGUUCAAUACAACAAGCAUUGGAUUUAGACGGCAAUGAACGUGAUACACUACAUCAAUGGGUUCGUUUAUUACUCAAGUUUAUGUCUACAGUUCAAUUGGAUUUAAAGCUGGAUGAAAGCUGUACAGGUGGAACUAGUGGAGCUGGUGGUGGUGGUGACGGAGGUGUUGGCAGUGGAAUCGGUAGCAGCGGUGAUGGUAGUGUCAGCGGUGGACGUCACAACAUGGCAAACAAGUCUAGAGACGAAUUAAAAGACAGAAAGGCUUUAAGUAAAGCACAAAGACAUUUAGCAUUUUUACUUGGUUAUACAGAUGGUUCAUUUGAUAUACCCCCACACAAAAUGAGAAAUUCCACUGUUUUUCAUGCAUUUUUGGCACAUGUCGCUGGUGUUCUCGAUCGUAAUUUUAGUAUGGGCUGUUGUAUUCUACAUCAAACUCUGGUCGUUUUACAAUUCUGUGCAUCACCUCAACGUUAUGCUACCGAUACACAACCGCCAACAUUUACUUUGAGAUUAUUAGAACCACAAGUUAGGCUUCAUUGGCUUCAAACACUUUUAGUCAUUCUGUAUAAAUAUGAAUACAAUACACCUGGCGGCAAUCUUACCGGAAAUACAAAUAUUUCCAGCGCUAUCUCCUAUAGUUCAAGUAUAGUAGCUUCUCAUAUUUCUAACCCACCCAAUAAUACAACUGGAGGAGUUGGAACAUCCACUAGCAAUACAAACAGUAACAACAUCAGUCGUACACACAAAACAAGUUCAGGAAGUGAAACACAACUACAAAUGGAUAACGCAACUGGAAAUUCAUCUGGCGUUGGUAGUAACACUAAUAGACUAAAUCCUGGAGGUGGCAAUGUCAGUACCAGUGUUGGUGGUAGUAAUGCUACUAAUGCAUCUGCUUCAUAUCAGUUCACCCCGUCCAACCUACUUGGAGGAGGUGGAGGAAACACAAAUCUUUUGUCAUCACCAUCAAACGUCAUUGGUGGAACUAGGGGUAUGGUAGAAUAUUUAAUACAAAUUGUUCUAAAUACUUUGGAUUCACAUGUUCAUGUUUGCCGAGAUCGUCCAAAUGAAGAUUUAAUUGCGCCAUUUAAUUCACAACUGAGACUAAGAGGACUUUCAGGAUUACCAACCGAGGCAAGUAAUGUAAGUGCAGAUUUUAAUACAAUCUUAGAAACUGCAACGCCACCAGCUACACCAAUUAAAGAAGAAUAUGAUGAUGAUGAUGAUGACGAAAAUACAGUUAUUAUGCCUGGUGUAACUAUCAAUUUAUUACCGUCGUGUAAUGAUAUAAAUGAGAAAUCUAAUUUAGACAUGAAUACAAGUCAACCUCAACAACAACGAACUACUUCUGACAAUCCAACUGAUGAUGUGAUUUGUAUGGCGAAGAAACAUGAUAAUGAGCAAAUGACAUUCACUGAAAAGCAAACUGAUGUACAAAGUGGGAAUAAAGUAACUAUUGCUGAUGGUGAUGAUCUCGGUGAAUUGAAGAAACAUGGUGAACAAAACAGUAAAUCAUCCGAAUUAUUAUGUGGGAGUAGUUUGCCUCACCGAAAUGUUAUUUGUAAAAAGAUUAUUACCCCGAAAUCAGUUAUCUCAAUAAGUAAGCAUAUACCACAACGACAUCAACAUAAUGACCAACAUUCGUUAAAUAACUCAUUCAUUCCCCUUAAACCAAAACCAGAAGAUGAGAAAAAUGAGAAUAAACAAAGCGCUACAUCAAUUGAUCCAUGUACAGUAACACAAGAUGAACAAUCAAUCAUCACGUUUUCCAACAAUUCAGUUUUCAUGCCUCUUCUAACGGAUAGUGAAUUGACUGCAGUCCCAGAAUCUACUCCUGAAUCAAUUAAAAUGCAAACAUGUGAAGAACAACUAAGGAGAGGAUCUACUGACUGUAAAUCACCUAAGAAAGUAACACUAAAAUUAUCAAAACGUAGUUCAGCAUUUGUCUUUCAAGAUGAAAAAAAACCCAAGCCAAUCAGAACUGAUUCAUCUAGUCAUAUUCAACUAGCACAACCUUUAGACUCACUAUCCGACUCAGUACAUCAGAUACACAAAAGUAAACGUACAAAUUUUCAACAAAGUAAACCAACUAUGCCAGUAAUUUCUAAUUCAUCACAUCCGUUAGAAUGUAGAGAUGAUUUGUUAUCCCAGAAUAAUGUUUCUACUAAAAAUUCAUCUAGUAUUAAUUCACUGACUGUAGAUCGUUCACGAUCUAUUACUGAAGGUUAUAAUUUAUUUGAAGGAAUAAAACCAGAUAAAAAAUCAGAAAGUACAAAGAAGCAUAGUUAUAUACCAUCUUCUUCUUAUGCUACUGUUACUACUUCUCUACAUACAACAAAUACAAAUGUUCAGUCUCAUAUUUCUAGUACAAAUACAGUACCUAGUUUAACAGCCGCUGCAAUAACUAUGGCAUUGACCACUGAAAGAUGUCCAUGGUGUCAGUGUAUUCUAGAUCAUUAUGAUGAAAAUACUAUUGGUUUAGGUAUUCUAUGUUUAUCUACAUUUGUGCAUCGUGAACCUGGUUUAGCAGCUCCAUAUUUACGCGAUAUGUUGCUAAUUACAGCACGUCUAGCCAAUGCAUAUUUUUAUUCUUGGCAACCUGAACUUCCACAUGUGAUUAGUCCAGGAAAUGUGGCAAGCAUUGCUCAUCAGUUUCUUCGUUGCACAAUGUAUAAUUUAGCCCCGAACGGCCUGUUUACUCAACUAUUUCAAACUCAUAUUACAGAUGAUAAUUUCUUUAGAACAAUCAUUUCUGUGCUAGUUGAUUUUGAAGAUCAUAUGUCCAUUUUUCAACCGAUCAGUUUACUAAUGGAAUCAUUAAACAAACAAAAAUCAAUUAGUCUUGAUACUCUACCUAUCCUAUUAGAAAACCUUGCUAAUUAUCUAGAACAUUUACCAAAUUUAACAGAUGACAGUAAAUUAAACCACUUUAUAGCCUCUGGAUGGACUGAUAUAAUUGGGCCGUUGGAUUUAUUUUUAAGAAAGUUAACCACUGUCACACCGAUACCAAUUAAUUUAGCUACAACUGUACGUAUUAUGACCUAUGUAUUACGCUCACCUGUCGCAUCGAAUUUCAAGACGCUUCCGGAUACUUUUUCAAAUCUACUUCGUAUUAUUGUCGAGAAUGUACAUUUUCGCUUGACUAGUGUCAUUGAAUUAUGCUCUUUAAGUAAUCGAGUUCUAAAAGAUCGUACCAAAGCUCAAUUAAGUAGAACAAUGGUUGAUUUAUUUUAUCAAUCAAUUAAAUUUCGUGCUUGUAUACCUGAUGAAAACUUGAUAAAAUUACUACAAUUUAUUCUCAUGGAUGCUGGUGGCACCAUAGAACCAAAUCAAGUUGUUGAAGGUUUAACAACGUUAUUUAAUCCACAAACUUAUCAUUUAUUUCCAACUGGUGCAGCUGAAUUAAUGAGACCGCAUUUACCUGAUUGUUUAGCUUUUAUAUCAGAUAUUCAUACAGUACAUAAGAUUAAACAAUCCCAAAAAUCAGCAGUUCAAUUGAACAGCGUCGGAUAUGGACUUGGUUCUUCAUCUAUGAUGUCCGGAUCUAAUCCAUGUGGUACUGGUAAUCUUGAUUCAAACACACUGACAGGCGGUGGAGGAGCAACAUCUGGAAAUAUAGGUAGUAGUUUAUUUGGUGGAGGUUUUAAUUCAUCAGGAGUAUCAAACUCUGCAACAGGAGCUACAGGUGUUAAUCCAAACGUUGGGUUAGGUACAAAUAUUCCAAGCUUGCAUGAAGAUGUUUUAGGUGCACAUUUAAAAUCGGGUUUAUCUCAGUAUGUUUCAUUGGAGUUAUCCAGAUCUAGCAGUGGAAGUGACCACGAUGUCUUCCCUUUACUUGCACCUGGACUACUGGCCGAUAUAAAAACGACGAGAAGCAGUAAAAAUUCAGCACCUGGAUUACCAGCCCGAUCAAAGGCGGCCACUACUGCCUCCGGUUCGAAUGUUCCUUCAGUGGGUUUAGCGGGAAAAAGUUUAAACGUAGCGUCUGAGAGUGGACAUACUGCAAGUUUGGAACAAUCGAAUGCACAAAUCAAACUUAGUAAAAAUAGUGGACCAGUUGUAAGACAAAAUGAGUCCCAUUCAGAUACAUCCAUUAUUUCUAUUACACAACCUAAUCUCAAUCCUUCGCCUGGUUGUAAACUUAGCGAAACUACCUAUACACGUCCAACGAUGACAAUAACCCAAACAUCCUCAACUAAAAAGCAAGAAGGUACUAACACAAAACUAAUUUCUUCUGCGCUUCCCAUUCCAUCACCGGCAAUUUCACAUGAUCAGAUUUCCUCUACUAAUGUCACUAUUUCUACUACGACUACAUCUGUUUCAAAUUUAACUUCGCCAAAUUUUAUCACAUCUACACCUACCACACCACAAACAAUCUCUAGUCCUAAUUCAGUUAAUUCUCGACACCCAAACUAUGCCCAUGUAGUGCUCGCCUCAACAUUUUCACAUACGGCUCACUCAGAAGCAGUUAUAUUACAGUAUUUACCUUGGCUAAAAUCCACUCCACCUUCAUCUCAAUUAGGACCGAAAGAUUUUCUUAUCAUGGUUGAAAGAGUUCGCACAUUAUCAUGGCUUUUGCUUGGGGCCACAAUGAAUAUGGCAUUAACACGUGAAGCUACUGGUUUAUCUUGUCGUCCCAUACCGUUUAAUUUAGUCCCUUCAGUAGCAGAUUUAGUCAAAGCGUUGUUAAGUGGCUUUCCUGAUCAACAGAAACAAUCUGUCACCGUAAUGUCAUCACUGUAUCAUGUCUUUCUAUUAUGUCAAGUAUGGACUAUUUAUUGUGAAACUGUUGCCAGCCUCUCACCAGUAAAUUCAAAUCAAUAUAAGGCAGCUAUGGCGACGGCAUUUGAUUUUUGGAUAAGAAUUAUGCCAACAAUAUUACGUCUCUUGUCAAUUUCUGAAGAUUUUGUAAUUGUGAGUGGUCGUCUGUUGACCGUUAUUGAAGAGCUCAUGGAAUGUCAGUCAUCAUUAGCUUCAAAGCUGUUCACAUUAUGGAUGCCACUUUUACAUGGACGACAUAAACAGCUUCCAGGUAAUAUGCUUAAACGCUUACAAAAAUGUGUUGAGUGGGAACCACCUGAACCAUACAAUCGAUUGUUACUCUUGCUAUCCUUACCUGAUCCACUAACCAAUAGUCGUUUGUCAUCAGGUCCAACAACAGGUCAUUGUGAAAAUUUAUCACUUACAGCAAUCACUGGAACUGCCAAUACAAUCUCAUCAUCACAUUAUGAAAAACCUUUAAUUCACUCGACUAGUUCAUCAUUGCCAGGAUGGACUGAAAGCUCUUUAUUAGCUUGCCAGGCUAAUUCAUUAAUGGGUUGUAAUUUAAUUCCAAAAUCUCUUAAAGAAUGUUUAACUGAAGGCGUUAAUUUAACCGGCAGUGCACAGUGCAUUGGACAUGCAUUAGCACCGAGUGCACCAUAUGCUAAUGACGGAACAGCUGAUGGAGUUGGUUUGGAAGCUGGUGCAAUGGGUGCUGAUUUACUAACUAGUCGUCUAGUUGCAUGGUUAAAAAAGCAUAUAUUUGUACUAGGGCGUAAUGAAGAUCAACACUCUACAGCUACACAUAUUUUUGUCCAUUAAAGAAAUAUAUUUUAGAGACAGCUUAUUGAAAUACUUUAUCAUGUAAAUUGUGAUAUGUAUUUUAUGCCAAACGAUUCAUUGACCUCAUUUAUUUAUGUGUAUAUCUCUAUUGCGUAUAAUAUCAAAAUCAGUCAAUAUUCACAGACAAUAAUCGCAUUUAUCGUUAAUUUUUCCCUCCCGUAAGUCAACCAAAGAGUUAGCAUUUAGGUAAACGGCAAAUCAGAGAUGGCAUUUUUCGAUCUCGAAAAAAAAUUAAAUUUCCAUGUUCAAACUGAGAAUGUAUACUUCUUGCUAUAUUUAAAAAUGGUUUUCUCUCAAUGACAGAUGUUAACUACCG